UGCGCUCUUUUGUUAACACGGCUUGUGAGACAGUCUCUCUCCAUCAGAGUUCUGUUUCUUAUCGUUCUCGAGUUUUAAUCUAUUCGUUAACGCAAUAUUUGGCAGAGCAUCUCGUCAUGACGGCAGCGAUAGUUCCCUCUCUAGCGCCUUCUCUUUCGUUCCAUUCGGAUCCAUCCGUGGAAGCCCGGAAGCGGCGUCGCGAAAUCAUGGCUUCGCAACGCAGCAUCCCCGUGACCUCCACGCCAGUGUCUCCUCCAGAGCCCGUCGUGUCCGCCUACGUUGCUUCGGAUACGGCUACCAUCUCGGCACCUCGGAAGAAACGCAAAGUUUCGGAAGAGGACACGAAGAAGCCGCAAAUGAAGUACGACCCGGAGGUACCGAUGACGAAGGAAGCGGCGGCGACCUGGAGAAGGGAACAACGUCGUAAGCGCAAUCGCGAGUCCGCAGCGGCGUCGAGGCAACGUCAGCGUGAUCGUAUCGCCGAGCUGGAAUCCGAGCGCGAUGGUUGGAAAGUCCAGUACGAGGCCGUCAUGACCAAGAUUCGAGACCUAGAAGCCACUUCGGGAGCCGAACCCUUUCAAGUCGAGAUUCGUUGCCUUUCUCCGGUCCGAUCCAAGACUCCCGAACCUCAAGAAGCGCCUUCAACGGUAACUCCUCGAGCGUCUCCAACGAGUUCUACCGAUAUUGAGUUUCUGUCUUUUGUCAAGCAAGAUCGAACAUCAUUCACCCCUAAUGCAGAGAAUCAUAUGAGGGUUUCUGGUUUCCAUCCACCUGCCACAGCACGACUACUCGUCGUCUGUCCUAAUUUGUGUUUAGACACAAAACCCCUAUUGGAUGAAGAAACCCGAAACCCCGGAUCAACCGAUUCUCUCUUGGGCAUAUUCGCGAUCACUCGGAUCGCGAACGCCUCUAAGAUCACCAUUCCAGCAGUGAAGAUCUCAGGCAGUAGCGCUUUUUCGACGGAACCAGCAACGACGAAGACUCCUUCGAUUCCCUUUCUUGACGAAGAUUUGCUCACACCCGAUCCCUGCCUCUCGUUGGCUCUGCUUGAAGAGUCCACCGCGCUCGCGUUGGACAACGAAACGGAACUUGACGCGUCUCUCUUGAGUGCGGAAGAUGACUCCGCCUCCGAAUUUGGAGAAUUUCUUUUGGACGCCGUUGAUUGGCUCUGA